UGCGCAGGCACCGGGCCGAGGUUUGGCGGGAGCUGGGAGCGCGCGGGCGCGGCCGGGUUGGCAGGAGCCGCCGGCGCCCCGCGUUGCCAUGGUUACGGCUGGGGGCCGACAUGGCGGAGGAGAAGGAGGGAGCCGCCGCGGAAGCUGUAAUAGCAGACAUUCAGAAAAAGAUUACAGAUGCUUUUGAAGUGUUUGACCAUGAAUGCAAUAAAACUGUGGAUGUCAGAGAGAUUGGUACAAUCAUCAGGUCAUUAGGAUGCUGCCCAAGUGAGGGCGAAUUACAUGAUCUGCUUGCAGAGGUAGAAGAAGAAGAACCCACUGGGUAUAUUCGUUUGGAAAAAUUUCUUCCAAUGAUGACAAAAGUAUUAAUGGAAAGAAGAUACCGGCCUAUUCCAGAAGAUGUACUUUUACGUGCAUUUGAGGUUUUAGAUGCGAAUAAAUGCGGACAUCUUACUAAAGAGGAGUUAGUCAAAUAUAUGACUGAAGAAGGUGAACCUUUUACACAGGAAGAAAUGGAGGAGAUGCUGUCUGCUGCUGUAGAUCCUGAAACAAAUACUGUUCGUUACAGAGAUUAUAUUACAAUGAUGGUAGUAGAUGAAAAUUAGGGUCAUCCUGUAGAACUAAUGGGCCACUUAGUUACACCAGUGUAAAUUUGGAGUUAGUCUGGAUAUACAGUGGCAUCAUAGAAAUCAGAAUCUGAUAGUGUUUGUAAUUCCAAUACAAUCUUUAUGAAAGCAUUUCCUUGGAUUUUGUAUCUUUGAACACAAGAAACAUUUAAGGUGUCUGAAAAGGGGUUAUUGAAAGAAAUAUUGUAUAGGAGAUGGGAAAGAGGAGAGAUGGAAAGCAUGGAAUUCAGAUGUAUAAGUGACACACAAACAGGACAAAUAAGGAACAAGAAACUAUUUUAGAAUUACAUUUGAAAAAGUGAGGGGGGGAAAUGGGACUGUUGCAGAUCAGAGAGGCUCUUAAGAUGGCUGAAAUUUUAAAGGGAUACUACCAAGAUAAAAUUUUAUAAUUUUAAAAUAAAAUUUAUAUUUUAAAAUAACAUUUAAAAUUGAAAGUAUUUUACAACUCUAUUUUCAGCAUUUAUUUUUUGUUUACUUUUUUUAUUUUACUCACAUUAAGCAUUGAAACCAGUCAGUUCCAUUUCAGGUUCUCAUUCACCAGUACAUAGUAUUUUUGCUUCAGUUUUAAAAAGAGCAGGGAAAUCCAAAAAUGCUGCUAAUUUAAAUGUAAAAUAAAAGAAAUCAUUAAAACAUUUCUGUUUAAUAUGGGAAUUGACAGAAAAAAUGCACCCUCUUUUUACCAUAACAUAAAUGUGAGGUCUCAAUUAUCUAAGUGUGUCUUUUAAAUAACAAUUCUGCUCAGUUUUGAAUGGAAAGAUAAUGGUGAGGAAAUCAGAAAUCUUUGUGUAACAACAGGGAAAUUAUGGAAGAACAGUUGAGGCCACUGUGAA